AUAUUGUAUAAAAUAUAUAUUACACAAUAAUUUUUUUCCACUGCAACAAUAUGGGAAAACUGCUUACCUUUUACUGUAACUCAAAUCCUUCUACUGAAGACGUUCUUUAUUAAACAGUAGUAUUUUAGGCCUCCCAGGUGACUAUUUAUAAUGAACUUUACAUUUUAGACAUUAGAAACCUUAGAAGACAUUAGAAGUAUUCUUUGUUUUCCUCCAGGAAAAGCUACAUCAAAUGGUGCCAAUAAUUUUGAAACAGAAAAAUGAAAAGUGUACAUUUUGAAAUAAUGCUGUUAUAUUAAAACUGUAGUGUUCCCAUAUGUUCAGGCUCAAAUAUCCCUCUUUUCAUGUUUGCUUUGGCCCAUUUUCAUGAAGGAAGCCAGUAAUUCUGAGUUGAUUGUAUAAAUUUGCUAUUCCCCUAUGCGUACGGUUAACGUUCUCUUCUGUUUUAAACAUCCUACUUGCAUAGGAAGGAAAGAACAAUGUGAGUAUUCAAAGCUUUUGCACUAGUCAUGAAAUGGACGCAGUGGAUAUGCCACUGAUGCCCAUAAAUGGCUUCCUAAAUCACAUUAGAACAAAAGGCACCAGUUCUGUGGGGAGUAGAAUGGACCAAUCAUGUGUUUGGGUAAAUGUUUUGAGAAACAUGUUCAGGAUCUUUUCCCAGAACAAAAGAUGAACUAAAGAUGCACAAUAGGGAGAUUAAAGGUUUAAUGACUGUACAAUAUAAUGUCAGAGAAUAGUAGAAAGUGCAUGGUCCACUGGAAUGUUCCUGAGCUGAAUACAACAUAUAGAUGCAGAAAUAGUGCUGAGAUCAUUCAGGGACUGUGUGUGUAGAUCACAGCAGAUACUGAGGGGGUAGAAGGCGGUUUCGUUUUCGACGCUCUUAAGCACUGUACAGUGUCACACUGGAGAACUUUAUCACUCAGGAUCGAACGCAAGUCCACGCUACCCUUCGCAAAUUUCUUGCCCGUUUUUUCAGCCAUCCUUUCCAGUCUUCAGCGGGGAAUCAGCACCAGAUGCAUCCUCAGCGCCCCCUGGCGCAGGCUGUGCCUGCCUCACUGGGCCAGAAUCUGAGAGACCUGGCAUACGGCUUUGGCCCUGGAAAGAAGCUGCUGGGAGGGAACAUCUCCUAUGGGGUCAUCCAAUCUUUGAAAGAGUGUCUUUACUUCCUGCUCUGCUGCUGGUGCAUAAAAGAGAUCCUGGACUGAAACAAAUGAACGAGAAUCCAAGAUGAUCUGGGAAAGUGAGGGCUUUGUUUUUCUCCUUUUAUUCUUUGCCUCUUAAUUUGAGAGUGAUGGUGACGCUGAGUUGCCUGCUGCCUGAGGUAAGCAAAAUGCAAACGACGUUCCAUAAUUUCAUCUAUAAUUGAAAGCCACUGUCAGGAUUGUAAAGAAGGUAUACUGUAAAUCAUCUGUUAAAAAAGACAAUUGUAUCUUGAACCAUUAUUUAAGAUAACACAUUUGAAACCCUCUCAUUUUUUGAUUCCCAAGUAGUUAAUUGUUAAGCUAACUCCUAAUUGUUAAGUGAACUUUCUGAAAUGUAAAAUAAUCAAUGUGCCAUUGUGAAGAAAUAUCCUGAUUGUCAGAUUAAUAUAUUAAGUCAAUAUAACAGUGACUCACCAGGGAAAUAAGCAAAUUAUCACCUUGGGUUAUAUUCAAAUCCUUUUCAUAUAUUCUUAA